AUGCGUGUAAAGAUCUCCCAAUUCUGUGCGCGUAAUGGUUUAUGUAGCAGGAACGAAGCUAAGAAGCUGAUUCAAUCUGGUCAACUUAAACUUAACGGUGUCGUGAUUCGAGCGGAUUCAACUGUUAGGGGGACGUUACAUCCUAGCAGUAUCACUUUUAACGCUCGCGCAAGGUUUUCCGAAGCUAACAAGGUAUCUGUGAUGCUUCACAAGCCGGAAUCCUAUCUGUCUACUUUUAGUCGCCGGACGGAUGUUUGGUCCAAGUCUUUAUUGAUACCAGAAAACCGUUGUGAGAACGAUAUCCAAAAUCAUCUAAAUCCGUCUAAAUUGAGACGUUUAGUACCUAUUAAUCCUCUUGAAUACGGAGCCAGUGGUCUUACUCUUUUUUCUGAGGACGUGACUUUAAUAUCUCGUUUCUCGGAUUGCGAGGAAGAAUAUCACGUUAUAUUCCGGGACCGCUUGACUGAGCCUAAGGUCUACGUUCUGAGUUGCGAGUUGCAUAUAGACGGUGUUGCGAUCCCCCGGCUUAAGAUAGCGCCAUUAAGUGAUUAUUCUGCACAGAUAUCCAUCCAAGGCGCUUCUAGCAAGCUCCGCAAGGCAUGCCGCCAGGCUGGUCUAGAAAUACGGUCUCUAAAGCGUCUAAGACUAGGUCAAUUAGAGCUUGGUGAUCUAUUAUGUGGAAUGCUACGCCUAUCAACUGCUUUGUCUGGUUCGAGACAGCAUGGUUGGCGGUUUGAGAGAUUGAGACCUACUGUGAAACGAUAUGUACGUAUCAAUCAUCCACCUCAAUUACGUUCUCCUCUUUUGAAACUAGAAGGGGAUAGCAACAAGCUGCUGUACGUGUGCAAUGGUCGGGUCUCUAGGGAGCACAUUGCGACGUUCGAGUCGUCUGCGAGGCAUUUUAUCAAGAAAGGCGAUAUUAUUGAGACGCCUGUAUUAGCAAUAGUAAAAGGUGGUUCACAUAUUCUACUAGAGACGUUAUCUAUGGAUGACAUCGAUGAGUUCGAGAAGCUGGUUCCCGAAAUCCGCAAGGCAUUUGAUGGUGGGUGUUUGAAAAGUAAAUUAAAUAUAUCUGUGAUAUCUCAAAUGGCCCCUAACCGUCCCCGUGAUGUUGCUAGUGACCUUCUUUCGGCCCUAUACCCGUUGUAG